CAGACUCUCGGGUGUUGUUUCAAGCUCUCCUAUUUGUUUGGCUCAAUGUUGGGGAACUGCAAUUUGAAGACCCCUGGAAUUGAGCCCACAGGGAUAACAAAGGAUGAAAAAACUUCAAUUUCCCGAUUUCCCAAACCUGAAUUCAAAUUUCACUGCAUCGUCUCCGCUUCCAAAGUGGAAACCCUAAAUUCGGAGAAAUGCCGAACGUAGCGUUUGUUGAUCGGAUCAAAUUGUCGUAGUAGUUUCCUCGUUUCUUUUGGCGCGGGAUCACACGGCAGCGAGAACUCCCACAACGGCAAUCAAGCACAGGUAGAAUUGAGUUCAUCUUCUGUAUCCUCCUGUAGAAACUAGAAAGCCAUGAACAACAGCAGUAGCUACGAGGUGGGGAAAGCUGUAAAAAGGCGCCGUAAUGAACAACAACAACAAGAAGAAGAAGAAUACAGCAUCACUACAACUGACAGGUUAAGUCAUCUUCCAGAUCCUAUUAUUCAUCACAUCCUUUCGUUUCUUGACACCAAAUCCGCCGUUCAAACGUCCGUAUUGUCCCGGCUGUGGAGAUCCACUUGGAAACAUGUCCCCGUCCUCCGUUUGGUCAGUGGUUCAUUCCGACGGUUCUCGAGUUUCAGAAGGUUUGUGGAUAACGUUUUGUCCCUCCGUCGUCCCUUUAAUGUCCGCGAAACACUCUUCGUUAUGAGCCAUCAUCAUCUUGAGGAGGAUGUUAGUUUUGUUGCCAAGGUCGCCCAGUAUUCCUUAUCCCAUGAUGCUCAGCAUUUGGUGUUUCAGCUGUUAGGUGUUACGGGUCUGGAAGCGAGUCGCCGAUUGUCCAAUUUGUUUGGCACGAUCUCGCAUUGCAGCCUCGAAACUCUACGGCUAAGCGUGUCCUUUAUCGAUUGUGGAUUUGGAUCUUUUGGUUUUCGGAUGCUGAAGACGUUAGAGUUGCGUUGCUGCCAACUGGUUCCUGAUGAGGAUGGGGUAUUCGAUCCCUUUCCUAACUUCCCACGUCUGGAGAACUUGGUCCUGGAUGGUUGCUGCCAGGGUUACGGCUAUGAAACCCGUCUCAAGAUAUCUGGACCGAAACUGCUUAACCUGGAAUUGUGCGUGAUUUGGUUCGCAAGCGUGGAAAUAGAUGCACCAAGACUCAAACUCUUUGAUCUCCACCAUCUCCUGGACUCAGUAAAGUUUGCCAAGUUAAGCUUUCCUUCCCUUGAUCAUGCUAUUAUUGAUAUUAACGACCAAUUCGAGUUCAUGGAGGGUAACGAGGAUUCAGUGGCACAAUGUUUGAUCACUUUGUUUCAAGGUUUAAGUAACGUGACCAUUCUCAGGCUAGAACCUGAAACCAUCAAGGUACUGAGUAAUGUUUUUCCUGAGAUUCUGGAUCAGCAGCAAUCCUCUCCUUUUACUAGAUUGGUGUCCUUGAAUGUGACAGCGAACAGUGUACCUUACUCACUGCUCGCUUACUUCCUUGAAGGGUCCUCUGCUCAGGAACCAACUCUUCUUUAUAUAUAACUUAUUAUUGGUUAAAACAUUUUUGCCGUAGUGUAGCUUCUGAUUGCGGUACACAUGAAAAUUAUUUGCAUUUAGCUUCGUUGUAUUUAGCAUCGUGCCUUAGUGGUGACUGGUGAGUAUACUAUAAAGCAAGUAUGAACAAUUUGCGAACCCUGCUGUUUGUUGUUGCUUUCCCCAGAUGAUAUUGGUAUGGUUCAGCAUAUUGUUGAGUAAAACGUCUCUACAACGUGGAAUCAGCCUUGCAGUGUUGACAGUGGGGGAUGGAUAUACCAUAGUUUGUAGUGGUAGCCUUGCAUUGCAGUGUUGCUGUUUUCCUUAAAACAGACAAUCGUGAAUCACUUUGCUAUAUGUGUAGCUUGUUACUGUCGCCAUUUCUGAAGUAUGAAUUGCCUGG